AUGUCGGAUCAACUGUUCACAAUGAAGGCUGAUGCUAAAACGGCUCUACUCAAGGUGCAAGAUAAUCAUGAAAAGCUUUGGGUAGAAAAGGCAAGAAUCAUGUGGAUGAAUUCUGGGGACAGAAAUUCUAAGAUUUUCUAUUUAUCUGCUAAAAUGCGAAGAAAUAGAAAUACCAUCCGAUCCCUCAAAAAACAGGAUGGGUCGAUUGUGGAAGGGCAAGAUAAUUUGGGUGAAUAUAUUGCGGAAUUCUAUGAGGGAUUUCACAAAAAUGCUCCUACCAUCGACCAUCUAGAGCUUUUGGACAGCAUUCCGAGGGUCCUCCAACAAGUAGACAUAUUUCACCCGGACUCACUUCCUGGUAAUGCAGAGAUCAUGAAGGCGGUCUGGGAGCUUGAUCCUGAAAGCUCGCCUAGCCCAGACGGCUUCUCUGAAAAAAUUUUCAGGAAGUGUUGGUGCACUGUGGAAAGUGAUAUUUGUAACACGGUGAAAGCCUUCUUCAGGACUAGUCGUAUGCCUAAAGGCGUUAACAACAAUUUCUUGAUCCUGAUUCCUAAAGUGGACGGAGCCGAGACCCCGGACAAGUAUCGCCCAUUGUGUAUGGGCAACUUUUUCUGCAAAAUAAUUUCUAAGGUGUUGGCUAUGCGCUUAGAGAGAUUUCUCCCCAGACUCAUUUCGAAAGAACAAGGAGCUUUUCUAAAAGGGAAGCUGAUCCAUGACAACAUUAGCGUGACAUCCGAGUUGGCAAACUUGAUGUACUCUGCCACGAGAGGGGGUGGCCUUGGUCUAAAAAUAGACAUCAGAAAGGCAUACGACACAAUUUCUUGGUCUUUCCUCUUUAAGGUGAUGGAAAAGUUUGGAUUCUCAGAAAAUUGGAUCACAUGGCUGCAUCAAUUAUUGGCUUCAACUAAGAUAUCAGUUCUUGUCAAUGGAGGUCCACAGGGCUUCUUUGGCGUGGAGUGA